AUGGCUUCUUUGUCUCAACGUUCAGUGAAGAACUAUUUUACCAAAGUACUGAAAUCAAGUGUAGCUUCUUCUAGUCAACCUAACCAGGAAGCAAAUGCCAACCAUUCAGAAGUACCAUUACCUUCUUCUCAAGAAUUUGAUUUGAGUACUUUAAAUUAUGAUCCGGGUGAAAGAACCCCAAUCUUGGACUAUCAUCCAAAUCAUCGUGAUGUUAUUAGAAGAGCAUGCCUUAUUAAUGGUCCUUGUCAACCUCAGUUGCUUCAGCAUGAGUAUCCUCAAACGAAUAUUUCUGGAUCAAUGCGCCGUUUUAAUUCUGAAUGGUUUGAUGAUGUAUAUCAUGAUUGGUUGGAGUUUAGUGUUAGUAAAGAUACAGUCUAUUGUUUGUAUUGUUAUCUAUUUAAAGGCUACAACACCAAUCAAGGUGGGGGUGAAAUAUUUUCAACUGUUGGGUUUAAGAGUUGGCAGAAAAAGAAGAAUCUUGGAAAACAUAUUGGUCUACCGAACAGCCCACAUAACCAGUCAAAAAAGAAAUGUCAAGAUUUAUUGCGGGUACAGCAGUCUAUUCAUUUUGCACUUGAGAUGCAAUUUAGUCAAUUUAAGCAUGUGUAUUUGGUCCGCUUAAGUGCUUCCGUUGAUGUAGUAAGACUUCUUAUAACUCAAGGAUUGACAUUUCAAGGUCAUAAUGAAUCUAAAUCAUCACUUAGUAGGGGUAAUUUUCUUCAAAUCUCUCAUGAUAUUGUGAGUGCUUGUAAGAUAGAAACAAUUAAAGCUAUUCUUGGGGAAUUAAAUGGUGACUACUUUUCUUUACUAGUUGAUGAGUCUUUUGAUGUGUCACGCAAGGAUCAAAUGGCUAUUGUCUUACGAUAUAUUGAUAGAAAUGGAUUUGUGAUGGAGCGGCUUUUUGACAUUGUUCAUGUUCAAGAUACUAGUGCUUUAUCUCUAAAGAGGGCAAUUGAGCAAGAUUUGGCAAAUGCCAUGUUACUUGUUGAAGUAGCAAAAAUAAGGUUGCAAGCGUAUAGGGAUGAAGAAUGGGGUUCUCUUAUUGCUAGGGUGUCUUUGUUUUGUAUCAAGCAUGAAAUUUUGGUACCUAACUUUGAGGAGUCAUAUGUUAGCUCUUUAAGAUCACGAAGGAGACUUGAUGACAAUAAAGUCUCUCAUCAUUAUCAUGUUGAGGUAUUUUGCAAUAUUAUUGAUUGGCAACUUCAAGAACUUAAAGAUCGUUUUGGCGAAGCAACGACCGAUUUGCUUCAUGGAAUUUCUUGUUUGAAUCCAAUUGACUUGUUUUCAAGUGUUGAUAUCAGGAAAAUAAUGAAAAUGGCUAAAUUACAUCCUGAUGACUUUAAUGAAUUCAAUAUGGGUUCUCUUGAGAAUCAACUUGCAGGUUACAUUAUUGAUGUUCGUGAUGUUGAUGAAAGGUUCUCCAAUCUAAAAGGGCUUUGUGAUCUUUCGAAAAAAUUAGUUCAGACAAAGAAGCAUUCAAAUUAUCCUCUUGUAUUCCGCUUAGUGAAACUUGCUUUGCUUCUGCCGGUUGCCACUGCAUCCGUUGAAAGAGCUUUUUCAGCAAUGAAGUUUAUCAAGAAUGACUUGCGGAGUCAAAUGAGUGAUGAUUUUUUUAGUGGUUGUUUGGUGCCUUAUCUAGAAAAGGAUGUAUUUGAUAAUGUUUCUAAUGAUGCUAUUAUUAAUACAUUUCAAGAUAUGAAACCUCGUAGAGUACUAUUGUAA